AUGCCUCAACCUUUUGUUGUGAGUGGAUGGACUUAUGUCAAUGAACUCGGACAAAUGUGCGGUCCGUACAUUCAAGAGCAAUUAUAUGAGGGUUUAUCAACUGGGUUCUUGCCCGAUGAGCUUCCUGUGUACCCUUUGGUCAAUGGCUCAUUGAUCAACCCAGUUCCAUUGAAGUACUUCAAGCAGUUCCCUGAUCAUGUUGCUACUGGGUUUGCAUAUCUCUCUUUGGGCAUCUCAACCACAGCAACCACAGCCACAAAUUCUUUCAACUCACCUCAUGGAGGGGAUUUGCCUAUGUGUAGCAAACCUGCACCUGCACCGGCUCCUGUUUAUCCUGAUCCCCAGUUCAAUUCCACUUUUCAUGCCAAGAACUACAGCAGUGUUAAUCUUUCCAAUCAGCCCAUGCCAAUGCCUAAUGAAGAGUCUUGUUGGUUGUAUGCCGAUGGUGAAGGACAGAAACACGGCCCGCAUUCUCUCUUUGAAUUAUAUUCGUGGCAUCGGUACGGAUAUCUUCAGGAUUCAGUAAUGAUAUAUCACGUCGAGAAUAAGUGUACGCCGUUCACACUAUUAUCUGUUGUAAAUGCAUGGAAAACUGAUGGACCUGAAACCGUCACCAACUCUGAUGCCAAAAGCAAUGGGACUUCCUCUUUGGUAAGCUUUAUAGCUGAAAUUUCCGAGGGAGUUUCUGGUGAACUCCACCAUGGGAUUCUGAAAGCAGCUCGUAGAGUUGUAUUUGAUGAGAUUAUCAGCAAUGUAAUUAACGAGUUUUUUACCACAAAAAAAGCUCAACGACUUAAUCAGACUGUGAAGACUUGCUCGUCAGAUAGCAAAACGUCUGAAAUUUCUGGAGAUUUGAAGGGCUGUGCUGCUCCUUUGUGCGAAGCUGCAGCUUCCUACUAUGUUGCUGAUGAGACAUGUAUAAAUGAAGAUUCCACAGAACCUCCACCAAGCACUAAAUCUGUUGGAAGCAUUGAAAACUUUUGGGGGUCAUAUGCAGCUGUUUGUAGAAUGCUUUUUGAUUAUUGCAUGCAAGUCAUGUGGAAUGCUGUCUUCUAUGAUUCAGUGGCAGAGUAUUCCUCUUCUUGGAGGAGGAGGAAACUUUGGUCUGGUUCUCCAGUGUUGAGGACACCUCCUAGUGAAAGUGGUGAUUAUGCUGUGAAGAUUGAUAAAUUACCUCAUGAAACUUUACCACCCUGGGAAAAAAAUGAUGCUUGUGAUGAUGAUCGCCCACCUGGUUUUGAACUAUUGGAAAAGGAAUUAGUUGAUCCUGCACAGCCAUCAAGCAUCACGUCAUUAGUUCUUGUGGAAGGAAAGUCAUCUAAACAGAUAAGCCCCUCAUAUGAAGACAUGAGAUGCAUCGUAGAAUAUGUAGAAACAGAGCUCCAGUUGUCUGCAAAGAAUGCUAUGACUGAGUAUGUUGGAUCUUUUCUGGAUUCGGAAGUCAGGAAACUAGUUAAUUUGUCUAAAGGAGAAAAUUUAAUGAAGGCUAAUGUCGAUUCUGCUGUUCAGUGUCCCCAAAGGAGCACUGAUGGAUCUUCAGAAACAUGUGAUGAAUUGGGGAUUUCAAGUAAAAUGUCUGCAGAAAUGAUUAUGUCUAAUGUAUCCCCCGAAACUGCAUCACAAGUAGCAAAACCUUUUGAUCGUUCUGUACGUGAAAAUCGGAUGUCUAAUUUGUUGGAAAAUGCUUUUAAGGAAUUAUGUUCAGAUGUAGAUGAUAUGGUUGUCGACCAAGAAAUAAAUGAGCCAUUACCCCCUGGUCUCGUAGACAAAGCUAAAGCUGUUAUUUCAUCACAAACUUGCAAAUUCCGACCUUCAAGGUCAGAUGAAUGUAUUCCUAAGAUUGGAGAAUAUAUUGCUACAGCAAUGUGCCGGAAGAAACUUCAUGAUUCUGUCAUUAAUGAAUGGAAAUCAUCAUUUAUUGAUUGUGUUCUUCAUCAGUUUCUUGCAUCAUGGCGUACUUCAAAGAAGACCCAUGCUCAUAAGGAAAGAGCAUGCAAGACAAAUAAAAACCAUAAACUUGAGGAAGAAUCAAAGCAUUGUGACAACUCUGGCACUGCAAAGGUUUCUCCAAUCAUUGGUAAAUAUACAUAUCACCGAAAGAAGUUGUUUCUGAAAAAGUCAGGAUCUUCUCGGUCUGUAACCUUAGAUGGCAAAGAGUUAGAGAAUGAAAUAGUGGAAAAGUCUAAGAAUCUACAUGUUUCUGGAGAUAUGCCCGAGACCACAGAAUUCAAAAAUGCUACUGUGAUUCCUAAGAAGAAAAGAGGACAAAGCAAAUCCCAAACCGAAUUAUCUGUUGGCGCCACGUCUUUGCAAGCCAUUGCUAAAGGGUGUGCAUCCACAGAUAAGAAAGAAGCUAAGAGUUCUAGUAGUCGGAAACUAUUGAAGGUUUCCCAUGCAGUUAAAAGUAGUGAGCCCAUGGAAUGCACUCCUAAACCUAGUAAAAAGAUGGCUUUGGCUCAUGGAGCCAACCACCGCGAUGUUCAGAAAGUUGUAAAUAGCAAUGGUCCUGAUUUUGGGCUUAAACGAGAGCCUUCAACUAAGGCAUCAAAGCUGAAAAGGGAGUGUGUAAUGGAUGAUUUGAAAUUGGCACGUCCCAAGAAGGUCCUGAAAGUAACCAGUGGGACUCCUAAGCAAGCAGCAUGUAAGCCAAUUCCAGUAAGAAAGAUGCAGUCCAGCAAAUCCAGGAAACUAAAUCCUUGCCCUAAAUCUUGUGGAUGUGCCCGGGUCUCAAUUAAUGGCUGGGAAUGGCAUAGAUGGUCACUAAAUGCAAGUCCUGUUGAAAGAGCCCGUGUUAGGGGAGUUAAAUAUGUUAAUGCUGAGCAUCGAGGUUCUGAUAUUAAUACAUCACAGUUGUCAAAUGGAAAGGGUCUUUCUGCAAGAACUAAUAGGGUGAAGAUGCGGAAUCUCGCCGCUGCUGCUGAGGGUGCUGACCUUAUGAAAGCUACUCAAUUAAAGGCAAGGAAAAAGCUUCUACGCUUCCAGCGGAGCAAGAUACAUGAUUGGGGUCUUGUUGCAUUGGAGCCAAUUGAGGCAGAAGACUUUGUUAUUGAAUAUGUUGGAGAACUGAUUCGUCCCCGGAUAUCUGAUAUACGUGAGCGUCAUUAUGAGAAGAUGGGAAUUGGCAGCAGUUAUCUCUUUAGGCUUGAUGAUGGUUAUGUGGUUGAUGCUACAAAACGCGGAGGGGUUGCUAGAUUUAUAAACCAUUCUUGUGAGCCUAACUGCUACACCAAGGUUAUCAGUGUUGAGGGUCAAAAACGAAUUUUCAUUUAUGCAAAACGGCAUAUAGCUGUGGGUGAAGAAAUUACGUACAAUUACAAGUUCCCUUUGGAGGAGAAAAAGAUUCCUUGCAACUGUGGUUCGAAAAAGUGUUACAUGUCGUUGGAGUUGAAGUAUGCUAUCCCAGAGUUUUGUAUGCUUGGAGCUGGGAUGCUGGAUACUGUACAUAACAAGACGGAUGAGUCACGGCAGAGCCCUUUGGCUGGCGUUAGCAAUGAAUUGAGUAGGAUCAAUUUAAGAUAA